AUGGAUCCGAACCGAUCUCUGUUCGACGAAGAAGCGGAACGGAUUGGCCAAAUGCAGCGAUUGCGCCCAUUGGACGGGCAUCGGUUCUAUACCCGUUCCAACAGCAGCAACGGUACCCAGAAUGUUCUGCUGAAGGUGUUGAACCGGGAGCAUUCGGGCUACCUUGCCACAGGGCUUAACAAACGUUCACAUCAGCAACCAUUCCAGGAGGUGCCAGAACAGUUACAGUUCUGCCUGAAAAGCAUCGUGCCGUACUGUUUUUUGAGCGGACACAUCUUCAUGGGCUUGACCAGCUGUGGACAGUUUCUGCUGAGCUACAAACUGUCGUACGACUACGAUGAAGCGUUUGCGAAUGAUUUCUGCUCCAUCCACAAAUAUGAGCUUUACUUUUGGAUUUACAGGCCUCAUGUGUUGCUGAGUAAAUAUUUUCACGUUUGCCUUUUCGAUGAUCACGGGGUGGGCGAAAUAAAGUCCGUAUCGAUAACGCAAUGGAAGACGGACAGCCAGCUCCUGAUCGUGCAUGGUGGCAAUUGGAACGAGGAUUCUGAAUCCUACGUAACGAUGGUGCGCGUUCCAAAGCUGGGCUGCUUGGAUUGUAAGCAGGUGCGGGAUGCGCACGAGGGCGAUGAACAGCGGCAGGACAUACUGUGCAUUGGGUGUAACAUGACGAUCCACAUGAAGUACCGCGGCACCGAUUCUGGACCACGGUUUAACCCGAACUAUAAUCUCAACUGUCCCGGAUAUGUGAUUAUGAGCGAAAACAGUAUCAUUCACACAAUUAAUGUAAAGCUGGACACGAGGCGAAGCCAGGAGAGAGCGGGCACCGGUGGAGCCGCACUGAGCUCAAAGUAUUUAGGAAAUGUCAGUCCGCAGAAGGAUGUGUUGCUGGAUGAGUGUAAAAAGUCGAUGCCAGGCAAGAGUGGCGAAGUUGUUGGCUCCAAAUCGCCGGACAGCAGCUACUCAGGCGUGGUCAAGAAAUGCGAGCUUGAAACGACGAAAAGCGACUGUCAAACUAAUACUAGUGCUGCUAAUAAUACUGUUACCACUAUCACUACUCAGCUCAAUCCGGAGCUGAGCAUUGCGGAACAAAUCAUUGCGGAUUUCGCAGAAUACGAGACUGAUAUAUACGAAACGAAGUGUUCCAUUCGAAGCUAUCCGGAUAACUUUGACGAGCUCAUCAUUACCUCGCCAAUGGCCUCUGUCACUCAGCAGGAAACAACCACCGAACCAAGCAUGGCGCAAGUGCGACUGAUGAACCAUCGUAGUAACACAAAUAUAGAGCUAAGACUUGAUGGCGUGUCCGGUGCGUCGAGCUCGUCAGCGACCGUUGCUUUGCCGGGACCGUCUGCGAAUGCGGUACCGAUCGCUCCAUUGCGAAAGUCCUUCGUGACGCGGGUUAAUCUUCAAUGUGGAGGCGGAAAUUCGCCGUACCAGGAAGGAUACGGAACUGGACGCACAGUCAACCCGACCAUGAAUUCUGUACCCAUGUGUGAUAUGCCAAUUACGGCAAGUUCCUCAACCACUGCACUAGCGCCGUCAAUCUCGCGGUCGCCAUUGCGCCGACGGUUCGAUCUGUCCGAACCGUCCUAUGUUCCUAACGUUCAAAUUGCUCAGCAACAACAGUCAAAACUACCCUUACAGCAGUGCGUCGUCAACGGUGCCAAUGGGGCAAAUUUUCAGGUCGCGUCCGAAGCAGCUAGUUUCGAGGCGGAUACCGAUUCGGCCGCGAAAGCGUACGAGUUUUCCGAGGAUAAUGAGCGGUGCGAGAAGAUAAGCGCCUUUCGGAAGCGACGUCUGGCAGACAAGAAGUACGAAUUCUCCGAGGAGCCCACAAGCGAAGAAAAUAUCGAACCGUUCAAUCGGUUGCGAAACCAAAUCCGGGCCCGUGUGGCCGUGCCUGGUUACAAUGCGUCACACCAUCCCCACGCCAGUUACGCAGAUCUAAUCUCAAAUACCCACCAUCUGCAUCGAGCCUCACCGAAUCAUGGCUUUCGGUCACCGUGCGGUUCACCGGUUGGCAAUCGCUAUCUUCGGUCACCGCCUGGCAUUCGCUCUCCUUCGUACUAUCGACAUCGUUCGCCGUCAUCGCAAGGAGGCCAACCGGGUUGUGGUUCCGUCGUACUUGUUGGUGGCAAUGGUGGUGCGGGUAAUGGUGGAAUUGCGCCCAGUGCAUCCACAGCAUCAGCGGCGAUGAAGCACAUAAAGCGAAAUGUGUCGCUUGACCCGCGCGACUACAUACAGAUACUUUCACCGGGGAGUAAUGGCAUUCCAGCCGGUGGAUCCAGCGAAGCAGGUGGCACUCCAGACAUUCCGAAGUUUUUCAUCGACGCGGUACAGAAAAUUAGUGCGAAAAAGAUGGCCAACGAGCUGUUACUGUUGGAUGAGUCAAACAACGAAAAUAACAUCAAUGGUGAUAAUCAGUUGCCGGCCAACAAACGGUCGGGUGGCAAUGUAGAUGCAACGUGCGAAUCGUCGAAAUCGGCGACUGAAAUGCCAACUUGCACGAAAAGGAUUGUGAAAAUCUUUGUCGAAGAGGACGACGCUAAUUCUGUGGUAACGAUGGAGGAUGAUGACUGUAUCUCACCAGGGUAUCAUGCGUCACUGCCAAUGGAAGUACAUGGUUCCUGCUACUCAAAGAUGCAAAUCAUUUCUCAGGCAUCGUUCAACAAGCUCAACUGUCCGGCUGUUGUGGUAACGCAAAAUUCGUUCGAUAUGGAAGUAUUCUCGUUCCAUGUAGCCAAUCACAUUUGUGCACAAGAAAGCAAAAAGUAUGGAAUUUUGUUAGAUUCGGCGUACGAACUGACGCACGUAUGUCCACUAACGGAAACGAUUACCUGCACGACGGUGCUACAGUUUACGGCCAACGAUAUUGGCAACGCAAAACCAAAACCAUGCCAGAACUGUUCCGCCACGAUCGACUGCCAAACGCAUCGAAAGAUCUACCAGUGUCGGUCCCUGUUCACUUGGUGCAUUACAACAGGGGAAUGGAUGAUACUGGACUACGGGCAUCUAACGUCCGGGCCGUACUUGGAAGUGAAGAAGCUAGCCUCCAACUAUAACUACUUGCUGAAGAAGUUGCGCUCGUUCACGACCAAACUGUUCACUACCAGUGAGGGACAAAAUGAGUCAACACGAACCUACGAAUAUCUGCACCAUCUGCGGGUACUUGAUUCAGAUACAAAGAAAGCCAAACGUCGGCUGACCGAUCUCGAUAAUAUGAUUGAGCUGUAUCUAAGGCGUCCGCGACGGGAUGACGAUUACAGCGGAACUGAUUCCGAUAGUUAUGGCGAAGAGGAUGAUGAAGAAGAAGAAGAAGAGGAAGAAGAUGAGGAGGAGGAGGAGGAAGAUGAAGAAGAAGGAGAAGAUAUGGACAGUUCCUCUAAUGAUUGGUAG